ACUCUGCAGCCAGCCACAAUGUGUGUCAGAGGACUGUCUGUGCUCCCUAAGUAGAUGACUACUCCAAACCUGGUGUCUGUAUUACUGACUGCGAGUUACGAGAAAAUUUGGUUCGCACAUUACCAUCCCAAGUCAGGACUAGGUUUUUCGAUUGUGGGAUAGAAUGCCGGCGAUCAUAAGUAAAAACUCCGAUUUGGAGUUUGACUCCUUACAACCGUGUUUCUACCCGGAUGAGGACGACUUCUACUUCUGUGGUCCCGACUCUGCGCCACCGGGGGAGGACAUCUGGAAGAAAUUCGAGUUGUUGCCCACUCCACCCCUCUCCCCGAGCCGAGCCGCGCUACCGGGGGAGCCGGCGACUGGUUCCCUGGAAGCAGACCCUCUGGGCUUCGGCUUAGGGGACCCACUGGACUGGGCUUCUGAGCUGCUACUCCUGCCCGAGGACGAUAUCUGGGGGGCGUCCGACGAUGGAGACCUAUUUGGCUCCGCUUUGGAUAAUAACCCCAACAAUAUCAUAAUCCAGGACUGUAUGUGGAGUGGCUUCUCCGCCAGGGAAAAGCUGGAGCGUGUAGUCACGGAGAAACUCGGCAAGGCUAUUUCCACUGCUACAGGAGGCGGCAGGAACAUGUGCGUCAAAGCGCCGGAGGUUGUGAGCCGCAGCCCGGCGACAGAGUGUGUGGACCCCACAGUAGUCUUCCCUUUCCCGGUCAACAAGAAGAACGGCAGCAGAGACUCAACCGGGACCGUGAACACGCCCACAACCCACGGAAGCGCUCCCAGCGACUCCGAAGAGGAAGACGAUGAAGAAGAAGAUGACGAGGAAGAAGAGGACGACGACGACGAGGACGACGACGAGGACGACGACGAUGAGGAGGAGGACGAGGAAGAGGAGGAGAUUGAUGUGGUAACAGUAGAGAAGCGGCGCUCCACGAUCAACAAGGCAUCACCCAUGGCGACGGGUACAGUCACCAUCUCUGUGCAUCCCAAAAGCCACGAUGCGAGAGGGUCCGGCGUGGUGAGUCGGUUCGUCAGCAGAGCUCCUCAGGAGCUGAUCCUGAAGAGGAGCUCAGUCCACCAGCAGCAACACAACUACGCGGCUCCCUCACCGUACACUUCAGACGACGACCCCGCCCCACCACCAAAAAAGCAAAGGACGUCAGACGCGCCUCGACCUCCCACCAGAACCAUCUCGUCAUGCUCCUCCUCCUCCUCCUCCUCCACAUCCUGCAGUUCAUUCACCAGCACAUCGGGGCCACGCAGCAAGCGCAGCGCCAGUGGAGACAGCAGCCCGCGCGGCAGCUCCGACUCCGAGGACAGCGAGCGCCGGCGCAACCACAACAUCCUGGAGCGUCAGCGCCGCAACGACCUGCGCUCCAGCUUCCUGACGCUGCGCGACCACGUGCCUGAGCUGGCACACAACGAGAAGGCGGCGAAGGUACUGAUUCUGAAGAAGGCCACUGAGUAUGUGAGCUCACUGGAGACAGAGGAGAUGAGACUCCAGCAGGAGAAGGACAGGCUUCAGGCCCGCAGGCAGCAGCUGAUGCGCAGGCUGGAGCAGGCUAGGACUCGCUAACAGACAACCACUACAACACAGAAACACUCACAUAUACCCGGGAUCAACCCCCUUCCCCACCCUGCCUCCACUGAGUCGGUCUGAAACACAAUUAGAUGCAUCCACACUUAGGCCUAUACACUUACGCACAAACACAUGCAUAUCUGUUGUACACGUGCGCACACAAACAUCUCAGAGGACGUUUAUCUUCAAAUGCCGAAACACACACACACACACACACACACACACACAUCUUUGAGGAAAGGGGGAGGGGUUGGCCAGGGGGGAUGCUCGGACUUUCACUGCCGCCACUUUUUUUGCACAUUUGUUGACGUUAAGAAUGUUUAGGGUUUACUUUUUCAAUCCAGUCACAUUGAGGAAAGAUUUUUUUAAAAAGAGAAAAGAAUGAGGGAGGAGAGAGGACACAACUUGUUUUGCUCUUCCCUCCCUCUAGUUUUUUUUAUAUCAUUUGUAUCUUGUAUUUUGUUUUUUUGUACUCACUGUGACACCAGCCUGGAAUCAGUUGAUUCCCACAGGGAUGGGUAUAAGAGGGCACUUUGCUUGGAGAGUUCACGUACAAGAAGCAGUGCACACUUACUUUGCCUUCACCACUGCAAAACUGAAGAGACUAUAACGACUGAGGCGUUUUGGGUCACAUAAGCAAUGCCACUACAGGUUCUCUUUCUCUCACUCCUCUCUCACACUGGUGCUCCAACCAAGUCAGUGGAUGUAUAACUGUGCACCUUGCUAGCCGACACUUUUGUAUAUAACAAUAGUGUACAGACAAAAUAAACUCAGAUCUGCCUUGUUUUGUAAUACAUUUUGUCCUUGUUUUUUUAUACAUGUGAGGAAGCUGCCAAUAACCAGACUGGAAGUUUAUAUACCUUUAAAAGUACUGUAAGGCCUCGAUUUUUGAGAGUCAUGAAACUUUGUAAUAUAACAAUAUAUUGUUUUUUUUUUCUCUUCUCUUUUUCUUUGUAUUGUAUCAUAUUACUAAUUCUACACACCUUUAUGCUUUUAGUGUGAACCUGAUACAUACUAAAUUUGAUACUUAUAUUUUCGUAUGAAAAUGAGUUCUCGGUAGAUAUCACUUUAUCUUGUCAUUUGUUUUUCUUUUAUCUCAAAUAAUUCUUUUGUACAGCAAAUGUGUUCUAUCCUCAUGUACCUGGCCUUUUUCUUAAUUCCUCUUUUGUUUAUAUUUGUAACUAUCGGGUGCAUAGAACUGGGUAAACGGAUAUAAGAUGUUUGUUUUUUGACUUUUAAAAUGUACAUUUAGUGCUGCAACUCAUAGCACUUUGAAAUACCUCAUUUUGAAAAAUAAAUAGACAUCAUAAAAUCCUC